AUGUCUGACAAUUGCCGUGUUUCUGAGGCCAUAUACGUGGGUUUGUGUGGUUAUAUAGGGACACCGACAGACGUGGCCGUCAGGAGGGAGGUGAUUGACAUGGCGGAGAUGAUAGAGAUACCUGUACAGGUAGAUGAUGGUAUGAGAAAAAUGGAGAGUGGUAGUUGUAGGGAAGGUUUUAGGUUUAAUUCUUCUGACAGAGACACGAUGUUCUGGAUUACAAAUCAUAAAGUGAUAACUGACCUAUCACAGUCAAGUGUUUAUGAUCUAUCAAAACAUUCAAUUAUUCUCAUGGAGGACACUGAAACACCACCAGGGUUUGUCAGACUACAACUUUUGACGUCACCACGAGAUAGAAACAUUGAAUUGUCAGUUGUUCCAUAUAAUGACGGCAUCUAUAUAUCAUGUGUAAGAUGGAGACAGAUAAUGCUUAAUUCAAUUAAUGUAAAGAAAACCUUAAAAAAUGCAAAAACCCAUGGUCCCUGUGCAAACAGGUUCAUUGGUGACCUAGAAAAUGACUUUGUUCUUUGUUUUCAUUGUUCCAACUGGUCACGAUUAACCUGCUAUUGGAGAAAAAGAUGUACCCUGCAUAACUGGCCUCCAGACCAUGUGUUUAGUGAUAUUCUUGAGAAUGGUUGUCAUUUUGUGCCUUUUGGAAAUAAAAAAGCCGCCGAUGAAAAUGAACUUGAUUGGAGAUUAUCGUUUUCUCAGGCAGAACAAAAACUAGUGUAUUCUAUGAAUCAUACGCAAUUUCUGUGUUACGGACUUUUGAAAAUAUUUCUAAAGGAAGUCAUCAAUCUGGACACAGAAGAACCAUUCCUGUGUUCAUAUUUUGUGAAGACAACGAUGUUCUGGCUGAUACAAAUAGGACAUAUUCCAUGGUGUCCAAAUAACUUAUUGGAUUGUUGCUGGAAAUGUUUUAAAUAUUUGUUACAAAGCGUUCAUCGUUGUGUGUUUCCAAACUUUUUUGUCCCACAGAACAACAUGUUUGCCAGUAAAUUGUCUACAGUUAAAGGUGCGCGCGCUUGCAAGUCUCUGCUUGAGCAACUUAACGUGUAUUACGAAAAGGGCGUGACCUGCUUGUUACAAAGUCCGACGGUCAGAACAAUGAUUGAACCAGUUAUAUGUAACAGUCUUGUCAGAAUAGAACCACUUCUUAAUCAUAUCCAAAGCGCUGCUGAUACCGAUUAUUGUAUCAGAAGGGAAAUGUUUCAGAAAAGUUUUUCACAACAAAACAUAAGGAUUAAUUAUCUUAUACUGAGGUUAAUAACAGUUUUGAUAAAUCAAUCAUUUACAGAAUAUGAGACAUUAACAUUACAGCAAUGCACGGCAGAUGUUUUAAGUUUAACAGCAUUUAUAAAUCUCAGUACUAGUAGUUCAUCAGAUAGUACAAAUAAGAAAGUCUACCGAUCAGACAGACUUACUUGUAACUUGUUGAAGCUGGCAGGUAAAGUUGGUGAUGUGUCUUGUUUGUUGUAUCUUGCUAUGUAUUUUUACAGAACUUGUAGAUAUGGAGAGGCGCAUCAUGUUACAGCUCUGGUUAAAUCAAGACUCGCUCAGCCCUAUAUCAUGUAUAACAUAGUAGACCGAGAAAGGUACAAUGAAUGUGUGGCUGGUUGGUCUUUGUCUAAACGUAUGAAGAAAGCUUUUGUUUACAGUGUACUUCUUGACAAUGAUGUUUAUUACAUUCAGGAACUUGCUUUAGAACAAAGAGCAGGUGAAUACAACGGUAUAUAUGAAUUGUUUAUUUCACCUUAUGUAGUAACAGACAUGCUAAGCGGGUUAAGUAACUACAGGCUAGGUAACCGGUCCCAGUGUCUACAGUCACUGACAGACCUACAGACACUGCUGCUCUAUGAUGAUGGGAGAUAUGUAGCUUUACAUCUCAGAGACAUCUCGUGGCAGAUACUGGGGAUCUGUCAGCACGUUGUGGGGGACAUACACGGGGCGUUACAGUCUUAUCAACAGUCAUUGAGACAGGAACCAUUCCACAAAAUACAUUGUGCCACACAAUAUAGAAUAGCAUUAGUUUUAAAUCAAUUGAGUUAAGUGAAACUGAACGCAACGAAAUAUUUCAUAAUAUUAAUUGAAAAAUAGAAUUGCAUAAAUAAGACUGUUCAUUAAUCUACCAGCUGAUCUUGCAUUUGGAUUGAUACAGAUUUUUUGGGUGGAUGUCUUGAGUCAAAAAUUAUAAGGCAAUGAAAAUAUGCAAUUUGCUGAUUGUGUGUAACAUGUGAGAAACAUAAACACACGCAGAUUUACCAAGUUUGAUAUAUAUACUGUGGUUUCAUCAAUAUUCGUUGAGUACCAAUUUUUGUAGAUUUCGUUGUUUAGUUUAUCCAUAAAAUUAAAUGGUCAUUGAACUGCAAUUUUUACUAACAAUUUAUUGAUAGGGUCAUUGGCCCCGAAUUUACGUAACCUUGAAACUGUGAUUUUCACUUUAUCCACGAAAUUGAUGCCCUUUUAUAAUAAUGAAACCACAGUAAUAUCACGAUUAUCAGGACUUUUUUGAUAAGUAAUUAGUAGUAUUCUUGUAAUUUUAAGAAAGAGUUACUUGGAUGUAUUCUAAAAUUCACUUCAUCAUUUAUUCCAUUUUUUUUUACUGUAACAUGUACCUCUACUGUUUGUAAUAAAUGUGCAUUAAUCAAACAGAAAGGCAGACGAUUUGAUAGAUAGAUAGAUAGAUAGAUAGAUAGAUAGAUAGAUAGAUAGAUAGAUAGAUAGAUAGAUAGAUAGAUAGAUAGAUAGAUAGAUAGAUUUGCAGGGAGUACUUUUCAGAAUAUAGAUGUAAAUUAUCUGGACAAUGGUUUAAUUUCCCGGCGGGAAAUUUUCUCGACAACAUUGCUCUCACGAACCUUGCAUGCGAAUAGAAAUUUGUUAACAGUAUUUAGGGGAACUUGAAUAUUGCGUCCUGUUAUAAUUUUCACUCUUUGGGUUACACCUCGUUCAUUACCCUUUUUUUCCAUUGCUUUGAAAUUAAGAUGACAGAUUUAUUUUUCCGUCUUCAGAUAAUAUUAAUAAUGAUGUCCUGCCUGUAUAUCCUACAUGUGCCUGCUAAAUGUAUGUCAAAGUUGAAUAAAAUUAGAUAAAAUUGCCACUGUGCAAUCAUGUCAACUGCGUGUGGAAUUGAGCUGUUGUAUUUACAAACAUAUUUUAAUUUUGCAGUUGUU